AUGGCACUAAGGAAAGAUACUUGUAACAACGUUGAUCCAAAAGAUUUGUCCAAAGAUGCUCAAGGUCAUCGAUAUGAAUUAGGUUCAUCGGUACAAGCUUUUACUGAACAAGAAAAGAACUUGAAUAAUAAUAAGAAGCAACAAAAGAAGAAAAAACGCCGUGGCAAUCGAAAACAACAACAUCAACGGCGAAGACUACGCCUUCAACAACAAAAACAGUAUAAUAUUACUGAUCAGCAUAUGGGUCAACGUGUUUUAACUGUGAUAGAUGAUACUGACGAUGAUCCACAAGAAGAUGAACAACAACAACAACAGAUUCAAGUAUGUUAA